AUGACCGGAAUGGAGCGGUCCUCGAUUGAGCACACGAUACACAGCUUGCAGAAGGACAUCGAGUCGAAAGCUACCACCAUCAAGCACCUUCAAUCUGCCCUUGAUGCAAAGUCCCAGACGAUCAACAUCUUGUCAAAGGCCAAUAAGAACCAAAACAAAGAUGGAGGAGGGUCGCUGGAGACGUACAUUGAAGAGGUCGCCGAGGAAAUGUGCAAGAGCAAGCUUGCGGCAAAGGACAACGAGGUGAACCGCCUGAUGGAACUCCUCCAUGACCUGGAGGAGCGCCAAAGCACCCAAAGUGGUUCGCAGCCCAGCAAGGCCGAGGCCCAGCGAUUGGAAGAGGAGCUGGAAGAGCUGCGACGCAGUACUGCACCGCUUCGGGAGCAGAACGAGGCGCUAGCGGAGCAGGUGAAAGCUUUGAAGGAGCAGGCGCAGCAGAGCGCGGCGAAGGCGGAGGCUGCCAGCCAGCAGCUGAGCCAGUUCCGAGAAUACCAGUCCAAAGCCUUCGAGCUCAAAUCCGCCAAUGACGCUCUCAACGAACAGUUGGAUGCCGUCAACGAGGAGAUCCAGCAAAUGCAGGCCGAACACAAAGAAGAGCUCGACCAACUUCAAAAGGAACUCUCGACUCUGCAGAGUGACAGACAGGCACACCACCAGGCAGUGGCGGCUCAGAUUGACUCCAAAGUCAAAGCAAUUCGGCUUUCUCUAGAGAGCGAAAAGCGCAGUUUGGAGCAGGAGCUGGAGGAUGCGAGGGAGAACGCACGUGUCCAGCUUCAAGCUGUGUCAUCCGAGCGAGACCACUUGCAACUGCGAUUGCAUGCGCAGGAGGUGGAGGUUCAGGCCUUGAGAGACGCAGUGGGCUCGGUUGAGGAGAAGUCCGAGGCGCCGGCCGAGUCAUCCGAGUCCGAGCCGCGAAGAGUCCAGCAAGUCGAAAGAGCCAAAGCCUUGCGAGAGCAGAGCCAGUUCGCUUUCGAUGAGAUGACCAGGCAUCUGGCAGAGAUUCGAGAAGCGGGGGAGACUGAGCGCAAGCGCUUGCAAGCAGAUCUCGACCAGCAGCUGAAGCAACGUGCCGCAGCUCUGCUGGAGGUGCAGAACGAGAGGGACAGCCUGCAGACACAGGCCGAAGCACUCGAACAAGCAAACAAGUCAGUGUCUUUGCAGCGGGACGAGAUCGCCAGACAGCUGCGAGAGAAGGAACGAAUGAAUCAGGAGCUUGCCGAUGAGCUGGAGGAGCAACGUGAGCAAUUCAGGACGAAUCAGCAGAGAUACGGCGUCUUGUCGCUCGUCCACAGCCUGCAGCGCAGCACCGUUUUGCCUGCCUUCUCACUUCUGCGGAGAGCACUCCCCGCACCGGCACUCCCCAGUGGCGAAGGAGAAACCAAAGGGCCGCCGGCGGGUUCAGUCCCAGAGGCCCAGGAGGCGGAGUCUGUCAGCGACGCGGAGUCGGAUGAUUCCUACGGCUUGGAUGAUCGGGGGCAGCAGGAGUUCGCACAACUGAUGAAGGACAACACGUUUGAAUCUCUCUUCGUUGGAGCGGACAGGGUCAGCGAAGAUGCUACCGCUGUCACUGGUGAGUUGCAAGAGCACAUGACCAACAUUGUGACUUCCUUAGAACUCUUUCCACGGAUGCAUACCGGCCUCAUGCAGGAGCUAGACAGGAGGGGUUUUGGAAGGGAGCUGCGGAAGUUUCUGCUUCUCAUGCAGAGGGCCAUGGGACGCUCGGUCCGCAUGGCCAGCACGAUGGCUGAGCUUACUGACAAGCAUGCGAACGUGAACGUGCGACUGAAGAACUUGCUUGGCAGCAAGAAACUGGAAUGGCACAUGAAGAGCUUGCGCAUCUCCGGGCAACAUGAAGUGCUUCUGCGCUUCCAGAGGAACCAAACAAAAGCGCUGAAGGCCGACCUGGACGAUGUGCUCGAGCAGCUCGGGGAUCAAUGCGAGCAGAAUCGCAAGGUGAAGCAAGAGCUCGAAGAUGCCCGCCUACAGCUGGAAGCGUCGAAAGGUGCCCCGCAGGAGGAGGAGCUGCGGAUUCAGCUGGAAGCUUCGAAGGACAGUGAAGCCAAGCUGCGCAGUCAGUCCCUUGAGCAAGACCUGCACUUGCGAGAGGUUCGUGAACAGCUUGAUGCAGCCCAAAAGCAAAUCCAGACCCUGGAAGCAUUGCAGGCCGACCAAGACAGAGACAGAGACAGAGAGAAGGGAGAGCAGCCGCCAGCAGCCGAGCAAAGCAACUCGGAAGGCUCAGGUCCAGGUCCCGGUCCUCCCCAGACCCAAGAGGAUGCAGAUUCCGUGGCCGAGCCUGCCAGUGCUAGUGCUACUGGUGCCAGUGGCAAGGGCCAGAAGGGCAAGAAGGGACCCCCUAAGAAGGGUCCACCAAUGCCUCAAGGCGAGUCUGAACCAGCCGCAGUUCCCACUCCGACACCCGAGGAUGCGACAGAGGCCCCGAGCCCCAAACCGAAAGGAAAGGGGAAGAAAGGUCCAGGUCCGCCUCCACCAAAGGCCUCGGAAGAGACCAGUGGGCCGAGUGAAACGACGGCGACGGAGGCGACUGAGGCGACUGAGGCGACGGAGGACGCGCCGGCCCCGAAGGCAAAAGGAAAGGGGAAGAAAGGUCCUGGCCCGCCUCCCGCGAAGGCCUCGCCAGGAAACGCCGAAGAGCCCAGCGUGACGCAGGAUGCAGCUCCUCAGGCAAGUGCAGUGCCGAGCAAGGGCAAGGGCAAAAAAGGUCCACCGAUGCCACCUGGUAAAGGAGGACCCGCCGCGGCCGCACCAGGGCCAAGCUCCGGCGAGGAGAACUCCCAGAGUGUGCAGGCUGAAGACGCGGCCCCGAAGAAGGGGAAGCCUGCUCCGCCGAAGGGAGGCCCGAAAGGAAAGGCGGCAGGCAAGGGCAAGACUGCGUUGCCCGAGGUUGAUCCUGGUCCGGAGCCUCCCAAGCACCUGGUUGGUAAGAAGUUUCAUUGGACGAAUGUUGUGGGCACUCGCUUUGCUGGUUCCAUGUUUCAGCAGAUCGUGGAGAGCCUCAGCUCGAACAAGGCGGAACAUGUUGAAGCAGAGCCCGAUGAUCAGGCAGAUGCGAAGCAGGAGCCGGAGAGAAAGCCAAAGAUGCACACGCUGCUCGAGAAGCUGACCGGCACAUUUUUCAAGAGUAAGGAGGAGCCACCAGAUGCUGCAGGGAAGGACCAAAAAGAGGCCAGGAAGAAGACCGUGGCACAGUGCUUACCUCCCAAGAAGAGCCAAGCUGUGGAGAUUUUCUUGAAUGGCUGUGGGGUAAAUAUCGACCAUGUGCGGAGAUGCGUUUUGGAUCUCGACACCUCUGAGAAGGCUUUGAACGCUGAGAACUUAUCGAAGGUGAUCGAGCUGUACCCCAAAGGCGAUGAGCUCCAAGAGCUAAUGGACUUCAAGAAGGGCAAUGAUCCCGCGGUGCUGCCUUGGGCACGUGCCGAGGAGUUCCUCAUCCAGCUUAUGGACAUCUCUGACUUCAAGGUGAGGGCGGAGUGCUGCCUGACACGGGGUAUGUUCUCCUCUGAGUGCGACGAGGUGGAACGGGAUCUUACGACUCUGCAUGCGGCUCUGACGGAUACGUGCAAGUGCGAGAAUCUGCGCAAGAUAUUCACGGUGAUCAUGCAGAUUGGCAACUACCUGAACCAUGGUACAAACAAAGGUGCCCAGCGCGGGUUCACUUUGGACACACUACCUCUGCUCAGCCGAGUGGAAGGGUUUGAGGGCAAGGCAUACUCUCUUCUCCGAUUCAUUAUGGACGAAGUCGAUCUCGAUGUUAAGGCGGGAGCGAUGCUGGAGCUAAAGUUCUGUGACGAAGCUUCAAAGUUGGACUUUGACGAAUCCGUGCGACGCCUCUCCGAGAUGCAGAAGCAGCUCGCCAUCCUGGAAGAAGCUCUGGGACCUCCAGGUGAUGGAGAAGAGGGCGAGGAGAAGCCGAGCCGGUUUGGCGAACACUUCGAAAGCGAGAUGCGCAGAUUCCUUGCAGAGGCGAAGCUCCGUGUUUCCAAGUUGCAGCAGCAGUCCGACGAGGUCCAGGAGCUCAGCAAGACCUGUUGCGACCUCUUUGCCGAGAAGCCGCGAACACCUGCACCAGAGACUCUCGGCAAGCUGGCAGCCUUUCGCAAGGACAUGGAUGCGGCUACGAAAGCCAAUCUGCUGUGGAAGGCCAAGAUGGACAACAAGAAGAAGAGAGAGCAGGAAAAGGCCCAGAAGGCCUCAACGCUCGAGGUGCCGCAAUCCGUGUCAGAUGCGAAGAGCGCCAAGAGCGCGAAAAGCGGAGCGGAGCUUUCGGAGCCUCCGGAAAUUUCUCCUCCGAAGAUGAAGACGAUGCAGGUGCAGGAGCCUCGCAUCUCCUUCUUGGCCGUGCCCCUGCAGGACAUGGAAGCAGCAACAACUUCUACUGGAAGACCCAGUCUUCUCCGGAAGGGGAAGACGGAUCCCAAGAAGAGGAAAGAGCAGACAAAGAGCCACAAGACCUCGGCGCUCGAGGUCGAUUUGAUGGCGCCGGAGACCCUCCUGUCGCGGUUUCCCGCAGGAAUUGAAUCUGCCGGAGACCCGUCUCCGGAAGCGGCCUUUGCUCCGAGCACGAAGACGAUGCAGGAGCGCAAGUCCCAUGGGGUGCUGGGCGCGCCGAAGCCGCGUGUGGACCUUGCGGCAGCUGACAGCGAUGCAGCGCCACCGCCCCGAGAAGCAGAGCACAGCUUGGCCGAGCAGUGCCGGAAGGAACAUGGUCACAGCCGAAAGCAGCAGUACUACUGA